AUGUACUAUGUCUAUCUUGAGCAUGACUCGAUGCUUGUUGGCUUUACCGCUGUUGCCUCGCUCGUCUUUAACGCGUCGGUACUGGUCAUGGUCUCGGUCCUCUCAUCACGGACGCUGUUUCUUGAUCUCUCGUAUCCGCUAGGCCUGGUGCUGAUCACGGUGCUGACGAUGCUCGCCAACAACGCGCUCUCACUGCGAUCGCAGGCGCUGCUGGUAAUGAUGAUCAUCUGGGCCAUGCGGCUGGCGUUCCACCUCAUGUUCUAUCAGUUUUGGAGGCCGCCGUCGCGGCGAGCGCACCUCCAAGAUCGCUAUCGUGCGCUGUGGGAGUCGCUGCCGCGGCGGGUGAGCUACGUCAUCGCCCAGGCUAGCGUUAUGACGCUGAUGGGCAUUGUGCCGGCGUACACCAACCGCAUUCCGGACCGUGUCGGCACGGUCCUCUUCCCGUUUGCCGAGAUCGAGUACUGCUCGCUUGCCACCUUUGCCACCGGCAUGGUCCUGGUCACCCUCGCCGACGGCGCGCGGAUGGUGAGGGUGCACAAGCAGGUCAAGGCCGGAGUCAGGCACGUCCGCUCGCGAUCGGGCCUCUACGGCGCUGCGCUCUACCCGCACUACGUAGGCGAGCUCCUUGUAUGGCUCGGCAUGUCUCUCAUGCCGCUUGCGCAGGCUAUCCACACCCUCGAGCCGGCCUGGCACAUCGCAGUCAUCUUUCUCCCGCUCGCCCACCUGCUGGCGACCGUCACCUUUUUCGCCGGCAUCUGGUCCUCGCCCGUCGCCACAUCCUCCGAGCCGACGCCCAAGUAUCUCGACGAUCCGCGCUUCCGCUUCUACUACGCCCGUACUCCGGCACUGCUUCUUGGCUGCAAGGCCCGGUCCGGCUUCACCCUCGACUUUCGCACCCGCCUCGGCUGGUCGCCGCUCAUCUAUGCUAUGCUUCUGCCAAGACACACUUCUCGCACAGCACAGCGCGCCAACAUCCAACCAAUGGCGCGCAACCAGAGGACCGCCUGGUCUGGGCGAGCUGCGCUGGUGCUUCUGCCGCUGCUGAUGGCACUGGCCAUGGUGGUCGGCAUGAGCAGUGCUUCACCUGCAGGAGCUGCCUCCAUCUCGUCGCUCAACCUGCUCCUUCCACAUGGUGCGACACACUCGCUCUCGGCUUCCGGCGGAUGCUUUGCCUGGGAGUCGUCGAAUCCCGAGGUGGUGGCCUUUGCUCCGGCUGCCGCGGCUCGAUCGGCUCCGGCCACGGGGCUCGACUGUGUUGACGAGAUUGUGCUCACUGCGCAUGCGCUGCCCGACGGCGAGCGGGCCUCGGUCUGGGUCUUUGCCUCUGACCGCGCCACCGGCACGGUCCUCCGCUGUGAGGUCUUUGUCGACACCAUCGCCUCGCUUGCCAUCCUCACCACGUCGCGGACCAUGUACCGCGGCGACGCAGAGGUCAUCGAAGCGCAGGCCUUUGACGCCCAGGGCAAUGUCUUCAACUCGCUCUCGGGCCUCCGGUUCGCCUGGUCGGUCUCGGCGCCCAAGGUCCUCGCCAUGGCUCACGCCGCAGACUACGGCAUGGCUGAGGCCGAGCAUGACCGCGGCCUGCACUCGUUCCAGGUUGUGCUCCGCGGCGAAGCAACCGGCACGGCCACCGUUGCGCUGCGCCUCUCUGGUGAGGACUCGGCGUCGGUGGAGCCGGCCUCGGCCGACAUUUCCGUCCUCGAGCCACUGCACCUCGAGCCGUACACGCCUGUGGGCCUUGUCCCUGGCACCCAACUCCAGUACAAGCUCUUUACCCGUGGCGCCACCUCAUGGGCUUCCAACGCCACGGCAUCGGCGUCGGCGCCGCUGGUGGGCAUACCCAUGCCGGAUGCGAGCUACUCCUGGUCGUCGUCGGACGCCAAAGUGCUCCACGUCGAUCCGGCGACCGGCCUCGCCACCGCGCUCCGCCCUGGCGUCGCCACCGUCACCGUCUCGGCCGCCGACCUCGAGCUCAACUCGGUCCAUGCCCUUGUUCGUGUCGCGCUUCCGGACUAUCUCACCCUCACCGCGCAGCCUAUUCGGACAAGUCCACGCUCGCUCGCCAUGCCCGCGCCGUGGACCCUUGUGCACGAGGCUCGGUACGAGGUCGCCGUCCAUGUCCACGACUCGGACGACCGCGAGCUGCUGGCGACUGCCAACAUGCACUUUGAGGUCGAGCUUCCGCGCGAGCUCGUCCAGCCGCGCAACACGUCGGCCAACGGCGCUGCAGUGUGGGCGAUGACCAAGUCCGCGUCUGGGCCUGGCUCGGCUACGGCCCGGCUUGUCCGGCUCUCUCGUCCGCUCUCGCUUGCCUCGCAUCUGGCUUCGGCUCUCGCAGCCGUUGAUCUCACCGCCCGGGCCGUCGACGGCUCGGCCGAGUUUGUUGUCGGUCCGCCGCUCGCCCUCUUGCCCAGCGCUGUUCACCUUCCGCCGGGCCAGACAUUUGCCUUUGCGGCAUCGGGUGGCUCGGGCGUGUUCCACUUUUCGACGGCUUCCGCGAGUGGCCACCCGCCGUUCUCGCUCCUCGAUGCCGCCACAGGUAUCAUUGAGGCGCACGCCCGUGCUGGCGCCGGCAAGCUGUAUGUCAGCGACACCUCUGAUCCGUUCAACGGCGUCGCCGCCAACGUUACCGUCGCCGAGCCGGCUGCGCUCGGCUUUCCUGACCAGCUGGUUGAGGUCCAGGUCGGGAGCGCGCUCGAGGUAUCAGUCCAAGUCCUCGACGCCCGCGGCGAAGCAUUCACCGCCUGCUCGAUUCUCCCGUUCCGGUUCCGCAUCACCGACCCGGGCAUUUUCCGGCUCGACACAUCGAGCGCAGGCACGCCAGGCGCGCUGGUGGCGCUUGGCACCUCGUGGACGUUUGCCUUUGCCGGCGGCCCUGCGCCUUGGGUCUUUGAGCCGUCUACCCACAAGGUCUCUCUGCUGGCGCCGGGCCAGCCGUCAGGUGCAAUCCGCAUCGAGCCGGUCUCCGCCUCUGCCGGCUACGCGUAUCGGGUCACGUGCUUGCAGCAUGUGGACGCAACGCUUGUGUUUGCCGUCACCAACGCACCGUCUGCGUCUAACCCGGUGCCGGCGCGCGAAACGGUCGACGUCGAUUUUGUCUGCGCCCCGCCGCACACCCUCGACGUGAGUGUUGGCGAGCGCGAGCUCGGCGACGAGUGCAGCUCGGUGCGGGCGCCGGUCGGCACUUCGUCGGUGGCCUCGUCAUACACGCUGCAGGCGAACCAGGACGUUCGGCUGGCAGUCCGGGUCCUUGCCGAGAACGGCGCCGUGUUUGACAACGCCACCUCGCUAGCUGUGACAUGGGCGGCGACACCGGCGAGCGCUGCGCUUGACGCAGGCAACGGCGUUGCCAUGCUCUCGGUCGGCGAGCAGGCGACUUCGCUCGAGCUCCGGGUUGCUGUCUCGGGCUACGCACCUGAGGUGCUUUCUGCGGCGCGGACGCGGACGCUUGGCGCUGUGGCACGGUCGCGGUGGUCGUCGCGGGCGCGUCUGGAGCACGUGGUCGAGCUCGAGGUCCGCCCGGCGCCGGUUGUCGAUCCGCCUGCGGUUGUCCUCUUCUCGGCUGCCGACAACAAGGACUCUGUGGUUGUCCGCCACGGCUCGGGCCACGUCAGCUUUAGCCUGGCCGAGACGAGCGGCGCCGAGCCGGUGGCGAUUACGCCGCUCGGGCACGGGGUUCCGGGCGUCUCACUGGUUCCGCUGGCGAUCGGGACGACGACGCUGGUGGCGAGCGACACGUGCCUCGUGGGUGGUGCGCCGCUGGCUAUUCCGGUCACCGUGGCAGACCUUGCGAGUGUCGAGCUGAAGCUCCCGUCGAUGGUGCACUACGGAUCCGAAGUCGAGGCAAUGAUCACCGUGUAUGCGCCAGGCCACAAGGCGUUCCCUGCGCCGCAGUUGGCGUUUAUGGAGGUGCGGCUGGUGAUCGACGACGAGGCUGUAGUGACGGCGGUGACGCUCUCGCCGUCGGACCUCUCGCGGUACAAGAUCCACGGGCGCGAGCUCGGAACGGCGAGGUUGACAGCAACUGUGACGACAGCGUCAGGUGUGCAGCUCAGCUCUGGCGCACAUCACAUUUCGGUCUUCCCACCGCUCCGGCUCGAGCCUGCCAGCAUCGAGCUGGUGUGCGGGGCGUCGGCGCAGGUGCUUGUCCUUGGCGGGCCGUCGGCACACGUCGAGCACGUGCACAAGAUCAGGGACUCGGGUGUGGCGCAGGUGGCAAACCCGAUGACUGGCGAGGUUGUUGGCCUCGACGUGGGGACAACGGUGCUCACCGUGGCAGCGACCGGGUACGAGACAGCGGCUCAGGCGUCGAUGGUGUAUGCGUCGGCGACGGUCCCGGUUACGGUCCGCAAGCUUGCGGGCGUGCGGAUUGCGGUGCCGAACGCGGUGGUGCUGGCCGGCUCGCGAAUUGCGCUGGCCGUUGAGGGCUCGCGCGGCGAAUCGCCGCAUACGUUUGCCAUCCUUGCUGCAGGGAGGAAGCCGAGCUUCCGGUGGGAGGUGACGUCGGGCGCCGGCGUGGUCGGCCUCGCGUCACAGCACGAGGCCAAGGCGACUGCUGUGUCAGCCAACGGCGACCUCUCGAUCAUGGCGUGGGCGCUGUCGCCAGGAACAGCGACGGUGUCGGUGACGUACGAGGCCGAUGUGGCGUGCGGAGGCGAGACAAGCGUGGUGUCGUACACCGACUCGGUGGUACUCACUGUUCUCCCGGUGCUAUCGCUUGUUGUGCCGCCGCCGUGCGAGCCGCUGCUGGUCAUCCACCCACUCGGCUCGGCAUGCAUCGCCACCAACCGCGACGGUCUGCGGUCAUCGUCGCUCGAGUUUGCGGUGGUGAGUGCACCGCCGGCCGAGCUGCGGCCGCCGACGUUGGCGCGGAUCCGCAAGGUUGGAGAGGACGCCGAUGAGGUUGAAGAGGACGCCAGCGAGCCGCGGAUGAUUCCGGAGCACGGUGGGAGUGGCGUGGCCGGGCACGCCGAGCUGGUCGUCGACGGCUCGGGCUGUGUCCAUGCCAGCGCCAAGAUGGGGACCGGGUUUGUGGCCGUUCGUGACACGUCUGACGGCGAGUUUGUGCUUGUGGGCGUCCGUGUGGCGGCCAUUGACCACAUUGCGAUUGUGCGGACUGACGAGGACGUCGAGAGUGGCGAGGCGAGUGCAGGUGGCGACGCGGCGCUCCCGAUGGGCGGGGUGCGGCGGUACGAGAUCCGGGUGCUCGACGACCUCGGGCGGCAGUUCUCGGUGCCUGCGGCCAAGCUCGAGUUUGCGGUGAGCGUGUCGCAUCCGGGGCGGGUGGCCGUGACGGUUGCCGACGACGGCUCGCUCUCGGUCCGCGGGGCGUCGCAGGGCGCGGCUCUGGUCUCUGUCGCGCUGGCGUCGAACAGCGAGGUGGUGGGACAUGUGCGUGUUGUUGUGGGCGAGGCGGUGACGCCUGCAUCGCCGCGAGUGGCACUUGGCGGGCGGAUCCAGUUUGCACUCUCGCCAGCGUUUGUGGCCGGGGUUGCGGCUGACGGUCCAGUGAGCACGGCGACGGCGCAGUGGAGCUCCGGUGACGCGAGCGUGGUGGCGGUCGAUCCUGUGACCGGGGCUGCGCGCGCCGUUGGGCUCGGGACGACGACGGUGCACGUGGUGCUCGGCCACGAGCGGACGUACACGCACGUGUGGGUUGUGGAGCCGGUCCGGGCCGAGGUGGGCAGCGAGGCCGGCGGCGCGGAGCUGAUGACCAACGUGGGCGUGACGGCCGAUGGGCUCCGGCGCGAGUACCUGUUCCCGGUCACAGUUUGGGGCGGGGCCAAGGGCGGGGCCGAGUGGCCGCUUGCGCUCGGCGAGAGGAGCGGGCUUGAUCACAAGCUGCCGCUAGUGUGUAACGUCGAGCCGCGCGGCUGGGCGCUGGCGUCGGCGAGCGGGCGCGGGUGCGUGGUGACGCCGCUCUCUCCGGCAGUGACGGACCUGCUGCUCCCGUCGACGCUGCGCGAGCUGGAGGUAGUGGCAAAGGUGGGCGAGGUGAGCGGCUCGCGCAAGGUUGCGUACGCGCCGGCGUUCUCGGUCUUCCCGUCUGCAGGCGUCUCACUCUCGCAGUCGUCGCCGUCGGCCGAGGUAGAGAUUCUUGGCCCGGGAAGCGAGAUGGCAGUGAGCGUGGCCGGAGCGAGCGACAAGGUGGCGGUGGCGACGACGUCAAACUCGUCGUCGGUGGUGGUCCUCCAGGUGGUGCUGACCGGCACCGCGCCACGGAGCAGCCCGUGGUCUGACGUCGAGCUCGUGCUCGUGUCGACAGUGACCGGGCAGGAGAUGCGGCUGCGGGUGCUGUACGAUCCGGCCGGAACCGGGACGGCAGCGCGGCGGACGUCGCGGGGCUCGGGCCGGAUCGACGUGCCGAGCAACAGUGCCGGCGUCUCGGUCGACGCAACGCAUGCGCAGCGGGCGACCCGCACCGCACCGCCGCCGACGCCGACCCCAGAGGCUGGAGGCUUGGCGGCAGCCGGGCGCGACGACGCUUGGGACGUGCCGCGGAACCACAAGGUGGCCGCCCACGGCGGCUCGGGCUUUUCGUGGUGGUACGUGUGGCUGGCCAUGGUUGCCGUGGUGGCGGCGGCGGUGGCGGCACGAGUCUGCGCUCUCCCGAGCAUGCAGCCCGUUGGCGCACCAGCGCCUGACACCCGCAAGAUCCCCGAAUCUGCCCACGUCGCCGGCGUCACCCGCACGCCCGCGGGCUCGGCCACCUUUGAUAUGGUCGCAGCUGGGCUCACUCCGACCCGGCCUGGGGCUGGCGCUCGCACCGGCCCGGCCGCGAACACCACCCCGACCCGGCCGAUGAUGUCAUCGCGGACACAGACCCGGUCGCGUGGCCUUGUUGUCUCACCGCGGCUGCGAUGA